CCUGUCCAUGUGUAUGGCGCGUUAUCAGAAAAACAUAUGAAUAUUUAAAACGGUAUUCUUAGGAUGAUGCCUACCAUUUAAUCGUAAUUGUUCACCCUAUUUUUAUGAUGAGUCAUUCAAAAAAAGUAUCAGCAUUUUCGGUGUUUAAAGGGAGAAAGGACAGUGCCUCCAGCUUGGACAGUAGGGCCAGCAUCCGUAAAGCUUCCAGUUCUCAGUCCAUCAGGGAAGACGUUAAAAAGGCCCUGGAUGGGAAGGGCAAAAAACUAAUGAAAGUCUUAAAAGGGGGAAGUCUAAGGUCCAGCCUAAGAAACACACCAAAAUCCAGGCCGACCAUUUUACCAGAGCCCCAGAGUGAUCACCCUGUACAGCUGACCAGUGUAAGAUCCACCACUGACCUGGAGGAGGAUCAGGGCACCUUACAAGAUCGAGGCAGGCCCUUAUCCACACCUGUCAUACCUAAACAAAUCUCAGCAGUGCGUCCAACCAGAAACCAGAACAUCCCUCCCUCGGGGAAACGAUCCCCACCGGCUCCUCCCACAGAGAAACAGUCCCCGGGAAAUCGAUCCAACCGGUCAUCCAUAGAGACCGCCACACCAUUAGCCGAGGCCAGCAAUAAGCAGUUUUCCUCCCUCAAGCCCAGCAAACACAAGAAAACCCCCAGUCCUAGGGUAUCUGAUGGUGCUGGGAGACAUAUUGGGAAAAACAAGAGGGAUGGAGUGGAAGUUGAUAACAAACCAGCAAAGAAGAAAAAGAAGGACAACAGCGAGGUACAGAUGCAGGACUGUAGUACAGAGGAGAUGGAGCAUGCAGUUUCAUUUGAGGAUGAAUCAACAUCUAGUUCACAGUUGCCAUACAUGUUUAAUAGUGGAGAGGAAGCAAGGAAAAUCUUUGAAUGCCUUAUUCACCCUGUAAAGCCAGACAAGUUCUUCAGAGAGUUAUGGGAGAGGAAGCCAUUAUUAGUCCAGAGACAUAUGGCCCAGUAUAAUGAUGGCUGGUUCAGCACAGCAGAACUGGACAAGAUUCUGAGAGAGGAAAACAUACAGUUCUCGACUAACCUGGAUGUCACAACGUUUACCAAUGGGCAGCGAGAAACUCAUAACCCUGUGGGUCGCGCCUUUCCCUCUGUGGUGUGGGACUUUUAUCAGAAUGGCUGUUCUGUAAGACUACUGAAUCCGCAGACCUACUCCAGAAAUGUGUGGAAGUUGCUGUCUGUUCUCCAAGAGUACUUCAACUGUUGUGUCGGAGCCAAUGUGUACUUAACUCCUCCCGGCACCCAGGGUUUUGCUCCCCACUAUGAUGACAUAGAAGCCUUUAUAUUACAGCUGGAGGGCAGGAAACAUUGGAGGCUGUAUAGUCCAAGGACAGACAAUGAAGUUCUUCCUAGAUUAUCAAGUGGUAAUUUCUCAGAGAAGGACCUCGGAAAGCCAAUACUGGACACUGUUCUUGAUCCGGGGGAUUUGUUAUAUUUUCCAAGGGGGACAAUCCACCAGGGUAACUGUAUGGAGGACACACACUCUCUACACAUCACCGUGUCCUGUUACCAGAAAAACACCUGGGGUGAUCUCUUUGAAAAGAUGGUUCCCAGAGCCUUGCAGAUUGCUAUUGAUGAAGAUGUCGAGUUCCGAAGAGGUUUACCCCGAGAGUAUUCUUCAUACAUGGGGAUAGCUAACUCAGACAUGGAUGGUGCCCCGAGGAACCUUUUCCUGAAGAAGGUAGAACAGCUGAUGGUCCGGAUGAUCCAACAUCUCCCGGUAGACUCUGCCUGUGACCAGAUGGCCAAAUCAUUCAUCCACGACAGUCUCCCCCCAGUUCUCUCAGAUGCGGAGAAGGCCUUCAGCGUUCAUGGUAGCGGUGAACACUGGGAUAAGGAGAAGAUGUGUGUGGUGGGCACGGCUGAGAUGGAGCCAGACACCACCAUCAAGAUCAUCCGUAAAGGCAUCCUCAGACUUCUGACAGAGGAGGAUGAGGUGAGAAUCUACCACUCCCUAGAGAACACACGCUUGUACCAUGAAAUAGAGCCCACCUUCAUACAGAUCUCAUCAGAGGUGGCCCCUGCUGUAGAAUAUUUGAUCCAUUCCUACCCUAAGUAUGUGACAGUGGAGAGCCUGCCCUUACCGUCUAUAGAUCAGAGAAUUGAUGUAGCCAGUAUGCUAUAUGAGAAAGGCUUGCUCCUAACAGGAGAACAGUUACUUCCCCUUGAUGAAGACUCUAGCUAAAUUGGACUAAGUCUUAGCCAUGUUUAAUGUUUAUUUCUUGUCAAGUUUUAGCAGGCAAUGCUUUUAGUUUGAACUUUCCCCAUCUACAUAGGGUUGUGAGGAAAUCUGUGCAUUUUCACAAAAUAUGUACAAUGUAAUAUUUACUUGGAAGUUACAGUUAUGAGUAUAUGCAGGUAGCAUAAUUUAUUUUAGAUGCAUAAUUUUAAAUUUUGUUUUAGUCAAAAAAUUGUGAUAAUAUGUGUAUUAGAGUAGAUAUACACUGUACAUUAUAUUGAACAGAUAAAACAAGAAAAGUCAACAGUAUGAAAGAUAAUCAUUUUAACUCAGUUGUAUAUUGGAUUCCAGGUAUUUAAAGAUUUUUUUACAAUACAUAAUUUCCAUAAGGUUGAUUAUGUGUAAGGUUUCUGUUUUACUCUUGUGUUCACAUAAGCAGGAAGCUAAAUAUUCAAUUUUGUUUUCUACCAAAGUCUCGGUCAAAGAGUGACUAUGUACAUAUAGCUAACUUUCUUCAGUAUUAAUGAAGACAGGUAUCAAAUUAUGCUGUGUAGAACAAUGUUGUAACAAACUAUACCUUGUCCCAGGUUUUCUAUUUCUGUCAUGUUAUGUUGAUUUUCCGAAUAAUUUCACAUAUCUACCAGCAGAGAGAGAGAGAGAGAGAGAGAGAGAGAGAGAGAUGUGAAGUAGAUUUUUACUUUUUUACUUGUCCACUCUUUUUUUCUGGAAAGUUAUAUUCAUUCCUUAAUUUUCAACAUGAUCUUCUGAUAUUUUCAUGUUCUUUGAAUUCAGAAUUACUGUGGAAACAUAGUUGUACUGUUCCUAAAUUGUGAAAUUCACUGCCUUUGGGCCAGGGUUGAUGCCUUUUAUUUGGGCCAGUUGGGGGGGGGGGUGUUUAUAGGGUGACAAAUGCUUGUAGAAAUAAACUGUACGCAUGUUGUGUGCAUUAUGAUUAAAACUGAAUAUUAUAGAUUGACCAUGAAAGGCCUGCCGCUCUCUUUUACCAAAAAGUUAUAAUUAUUUGCACUGGGAGCUUAGGAUAUAAUAUUCCAACUCUUUCCCACUUUUUUUUGAAUACGUAUUUUUCAAACAUCAAAUUCAGAUUAGGAUUUAGAAUCCAAAUUGAAGCCUAUAAUGCAAAAGGGAGACUCUCUGACAGGACCAUCUAAGGGCUACGAUACUCGGGUAACCAUCAAGGCCAGUAGGUCUCAUGUUUAGUUUCAACCUGACAGAAAAGAAGGGACUUUUCCUAGUGUUUUACUGUAAAUAAAUGUAGAUUAGCAAUCUAGGUUAUGUAUCUCAUAAAAUAAACAGUUAUUAUCUUUUAAACCAUGAUAUACUGGUAAUCUAUUUGCUUAUACAUUUAUGUAUGGAGUGUGUAUUACGUUAUUUAAAUAAUAAAAUGCUUUUUUUGGUAAUUCAUACGUAAUUAGAAGGUUGCGAAAUUUCAGAAAAAAUACAUACUCCGCGGGUUAUGUAUUUUUUCUGCAACGAUCGCUACCUUUAUAACUUGCAUGAAUCAUCCAAGAAAACAUUUUAUUAUUUAUAUUUCCAUCUUUCUUAUAACAAAUUAAUAAAUGGAUUGUAAAAAGUAAGAAAAUUCACGGAAUUACUUUUUAUGUACACCAAUACGUUAGCUUAAAGAAACAGCCAAAUCGUCUUCUAUUGGAAUUUGAGUCUGACAUCAUGAUUAAUUCGUGCAGUUCGUAAUUUUUCUUAGGUCACUGUAGGUUUCGACCAAUCGGUAAACGGGGUGUGUAGAUUUCAGUCCUGUCUGUUGCUAUAGAGCUAUGAAUUAACUAUAAUUUCCCGUAAGAAAUAGAGGGAGUCAUGAUCGGUAGAUGAAAAUAUAUGUAAAUAAUGAUGACCGAUAAAAAAUAAAGGAAUAUUGAAACAUAAAGGGACAGAAACGGGACCUGAUGCAGAAUAUAGGCCUUUUUUCUUAGAUAAGAACAGAUACUAUGCUUAUUGCACGCAGAUAGCUGUAGAAGUUGAUUGUUACUUAUGCUUUAAUUGACUACACGUAAUUGUAUAACAUGCAUUCAUUAUGUAUGUCAGUCAUUGUUUGAUUCAUUAAUGGAAUAUGCAUGAGGUUUUAUAAAGCAUUAUUCCGAAGCUUGUAUUAAAUAUGAAAAAAGCCAA